AUGCCCUAUAUCACAACCCAGGACGGCACCGAAAUCUAUUACAAAGACUGGGGAAACAAAUCGGCCAAGCCCAUCACUUUCAGUCAUGGGUGGCCUCUGAGCUCGGAUGACUGGGAGAACCAGAUGUAUUUCCUGGCGAACAAAGGAUAUCGUGUGAUUGCACAUGAUCGCCGUGGUCAUGGUCGCUCUUCUCAACCCUGGGAGGGACACAACAUGGACACGUACGCGGACGAUCUUCAUGAGCUGUUCGAGAAGCUCGAUUUGAAAGAUGUCAUGAUGGUCGGUCACUCGACCGGAGGCGGCGAAGUGGCGAGGUUUCUCGGCAGACAUGGAACCAGCCGCGUCUCCAAGGCGGUCCUUAUCUCAGCUGUCACGCCGGGCAUACUGAAGACCGAUGCGAAUCCUGACGGCGUACCCCUGGAUGUGUUCGACUCUUUCCGAGCCUCGAUGCUUAAAGACCGAGCGAAGUUCUUCAUCGACGUUCCGUCGGGCCCCUUUUUCGGUUUCAAUCGCCCAAAUGCUCAAGUGAGCCAGGGCAAGAUCUGGAGCUGGUGGCAGCAAGGAAUGCUGUGCGGGUUCAAUGCGGCGUAUGAAUGUAUCAAGGCAUUCUCCGAAACCGACACUAGCGAAGAUCUACGCAACGCGGACAUUCCGAUCCUGAUACUACACGGAACGGACGACCAGGUGGUCCCCAUUGAUGCUGCCGGACGAAGAGCAGUCAAGCUUUGCAAGAAGGGAACCCUCAAAGAAUUCCCCGGGGCGCCACAUGCUCUGCCGACCAUUUGCGUGGAUGAGGUCAAUCAGGAAUUGUUGAAGUUCUUGCAGUCGUGA